AUGCGCCACAUUGUUGCACUGCCACAUUCACAUCCGUUCCUGUUUCCCUAUUUGCCCUACUCACCACUGGGUAUGGCCCUCCAGGUCCUGUCCGAUCUUCACUUGGAGAACCCCAGCGCGUACGAUCUGUUCGAGAUCACCCCCAAAGCCCCCUACUUAGCCCUCCUAGGCGAUAUAGGCGUCGUGAAAGACCCCGGAUUCUCCCACUUCAUCGCCUUCCAACUGUCCAAAUUCGAGAUUGUGUUUUUGCUACUGGGGAACCAUGAGCCCUACCACUCCAGCUGGAUGACCGCAAAGGCUCAGAUCACCCAAUUCUCCGACUCCCAAAAGACUGCAGGCAAAUUGGUCUUCCUAGAUCAAACCCGCUUCGACAUCUCUCCCGAUCUCAGCAUCCUCGGCUGUACCCUUUUCUCGCACGUCGACACUACCCACGAGGAACGGGUCAGUUUCGGCCUGAAUGAUUUCUACCUAAUUGACGGCUGGACAGUCGCCGGCCACAAUGCCGCGCACCAGGCGGACCUGCACUGGCUCAACAGCCAGGUCGCGCAGAUUACCCAAUCUGAGCCACACCGGAAGAUCGUUGUCUUGACGCAUCAUAGUCCCAUUACCCGUGAUGAGCGCGCGGUCGAUCCAAGACACGUUGGAAGCCCGCUGUCGUCGGGCUUUGCGACCGAUCUCUCCAAGGAAAUUUGCUGGACGCACCCGCAGGUUCGGUUGUGGGCGUUUGGGCAUACCCAUUAUAAUGUCCGCUUUGUGGAGAGGGAAACGGGGAAGCAGGUUGUUAGUAACCAGCGUGGGUAUUACUUUGCGCAGGCGGAGGGGUUUGAUCCGGAGAUGGUUGUUGAUCUUUGA